AUUUAACUCCGAAGGUCAGCCCCUAAUAAAUGAGGGUCUUAUUGUUUCCUUUUGUCACUUUUCGGGAUGUGCGUGUGAUUUGCUGUGAAACUAAUGGCACAGUGCAAGUGAGGAAAUAUGAAGUUAACUUUCAAGUGCCAAAUAGCAACAGUGAAGAAUAGAUACCACAACCAAAUUACCUUGAGCCAACCAGUCAGAUCCCUAAACACUACAAAAGGAUGCUUUUCGUAGUCUCCGUUGUAAUACGUAUCUAAUCCUGACAAAUGACAAAUAUGACACGUUUACUGAUUAGUAACAAACUUGAAAAAGUCAUCGCAUUGGAUUCUAAAACAAAAGAACUGAUUUCUGAAAUUGAAAGUAUCAGUAAAAGUGUUAGUAAUAUAAAAUCCUGUCGAGAAAAACUAGAUUAUUGUCAAGCCAAAAUUAGAGAAAAUCUUGUUGUUAUAAAUUCGACUUUGGAUGAACUACAAAGUUUUGAACACGAAGGAAACAUCUCAUCGACAAAUAGGUCUCUUUAUGAAGCAGUUAUCCAUAAUAAGAAACAACUUUCUGUGCUGCAGAAUCGAUAUCGUAGAGCGAUUUUCGCAGCCAAUUCAACAUUAGAAAUCAUUGAAAGAGAAGAACUCGUCAAUCGUUCAUCUAACAGAAAUGAAAAUGAGGGUAAACUUUCCAGUCUGAAAGAACAGUAUCAAAAUUCAUUAGAACUCACUCAAGAUAUGACAACUUAUGCUAGAAUAUUGGCUGAGGAGGUUCGACGUGGUGCUGCUAAUGCUGAAUUACUUGAAAAUUCUUCUAGUAAAAUUAUUUCUAAUUAUUCUGAAUUAAAAGAAAUGGUUGGGUAUAUGAAUCAGUCUAAACGUCUUACGUCUCUAGCCCGUCGUAGACGUGCAACAGAAAGAGUCCUUUUCUUUUUAGCUUUUUCAUUCUUUUUUUUAAGUUGUGGAACAAUAUUUUUACAUAGGGUACCCAUGGGUUAUUGGUUUUUACCGUCGAAUCAUUAGCUUCACUGUUUUGUGUUUUAUUUCGUCUUGUUGCUUUUCUUUGUGACUUUCUUCAUUGUAUUAUAAUAGAGGUUUUUGUAUUUCCCAAUGAAUGAAAAACAAAACGAGAUUGUUUUUACUGACGUUUCGCUAUUUAAUGCUAAUAGCUUUCUCAAAGUAUUAUUAAACCGGGAUUUACAAAAUCUCAGCAUAUAUAUAUAUAUUAAAAUGAAUAUCAUAUACCCAAUGCCCAAAUUUUUUCAAACCGUUAAAAAUGAACUUGGUUUGGACAUAUAUAAUUUCUUCAUUGUAUUUUCAAUGUGAUAUUUCUUUUGUACAUAUUGUUAUUUUCCCAGAUUUCAUUUGAUACUUAUCAAUUGUUAAUUUGUUAAGCCAAGAUAUGGUAUAUUGGU